UUGGAUCCAGAGCUUGGUAACGUACAAAUCCUUUGUCCUCUAUUCACUUGCUUUUUGUUUUCCUGUUUACGUGGGCUGGCAACAAUACAGACAAGUGAAAUAUGAAUUCAAUCUUUGUGAAGGAAUUUGUGUUGCUUCUUUAGUUGCUUGAAUGAUCAUCAUCAACUACAGAAGCAUGUCUCUCCAUGAUUGAGCAUAUAUUGAAGCAUGAUUCAUUGUUAAACUUUGCAGCCAAUGUUCAAAGUCAUAUAGCAACAUUAUGGAGCAGUCAACAUCUAAUCAGGAGUCAAUUAGCAAGAUAAGAAGCCACCAGAGAAGACUCAAAAUGACUUUAGGGGACAUUACAGCGACAUUUGUGCUUAGAACCAAAGUCCACGGGCUAAAAUAUGCGUUCUCGACGCACAAAUCCAAAGUCCAGCGGUUGUUUUGGCUGCUGGCACUCUUUGUUUGCUUGGGGCUUUUGUUCACGUGGUCGCGGAAUCGAAUCCUCUAUCUUCUCUCCUACCCUGCCGUGACCAAGAUCUACAUGGUUUGGACUCGUAACGUCACGUUUCCAGCUGUAACGUUCUGCAACCAGAACCUCUUCCGAGUGUCCAGCCUCACCAAAGCUGACCUCUACUAUAGUGGAUACUGGAUGGACAUUAUGCACUUAAAUCAUACGGUAAACCGACAGAGCGUGUCAAUGCUUAAACACAGUCGACACGGAGAAAGACUGCUGCAUCUUCUGGACUUCUCCAACUACACCCCGCCUCCUAACCACAGGCUCAACACGACUGAGGUGAUUGACAGGCUGGGCCACCAAUUAGAAGACAUGCUCCUGGAAUGCAGGUUUCGGGGUGAAAACUGCACUUACAAGAAUUUCACGCCUAUUUACACAAGAUAUGGGAAAUGUUACACCUUCAACUCUGGUCAAGAUGGAAACCCUUUGCUGACGACUUUAAAAGGUGGAACUGGAAAUGGGCUGGAAAUCAUGUUGGAUAUUCAACAGGAUGAGUACUUGCCCGUUUGGGGUGACACAGAUGAAACGUCAUAUGAAGCGGGCAUCAAAGUUCAGAUCCACAGCCAGGAUGAGCCGCCAUUCAUAGAUCAGCUGGGAUUUGGUGUGGCCCCUGGUUUUCAAACUUUUGUGUCUUGUCAGCAACAACUGCUUCAAUAUCUUCCUCCGCCGUGGGGUGACUGCAAAUCCACCCCAAUGGACUCUGAAUUCUUCUCCACGUACAGCAUCACAGCCUGUCGCAUUGACUGUGAGACCCGCUACUUGUUGGAGAACUGUAAUUGCAGAAUGGUGCAUAUGCCAGGCACCUCUACUGUCUGCACACCAGAGCAGUAUAAAGACUGUGCCGAUCCCGCUUUAGAUUUUCUAGUGGAGAAGGACAAUGAUUACUGUGUGUGUGAGACUCCUUGCAACAUGACUCGCUAUGGUAAAGAGCUGUCCAUGGUGAAAAUACCCAGCAAGGCCUCUGCUAAGUAUCUCGCCAAGAAGUUCAAUAAGACAGAACAGUAUAUUGGGGACAACAUACUGGUGCUGGAUAUCUUUUUCGAGGCUCUGAACUAUGAGAAAAUUGAACAAAAGAAAGCAUAUGAAGUUGCUGGAUUACUUGGUGAUAUUGGUGGGCAGAUGGGUCUGUUUAUUGGAGCCAGUGUCUUGACAAUAUUGGAGAUAUUUGAUUACUUGUAUGAGGUUUUUAAGGACAAAGUACUGGGUUAUUUUCUACGCAAGAGACGGCCACAUCGGAGCACUAGUGACAAUCUGGAUUUCCCAGAGAAUUCCACCAGCCCUGGUGUCACGCCUAACCAUGUCCCCAGCUUUCAAGAUGGAGAUGAUGUUUUGCAGAAGUUCAGAGCACAUGUGACACACUCCGGAGUCACUCGGACAGUCUCGGAUUCGCGCCGAAUGUGCUACCUAGUCACCCGACUAUAGGCAACUUUGAGGAGUUCGCUUGUUGAUGACAUCAUUGGCUGGACCCCGUUGGGACAGUUUAGGGUACAAUGGAAACUGUGAAAUAGCCAAUAGACUCCAAAAGAAGUGUAAGUCCAAGAAGAUGUAUGUUAAAUAGAUUCAAUAAAUAAUCGAUCAACUCCUGAAUAGAAGUAUGUUAUCAUGAAGUACAAAUAGGCAACACUUCCAAAACAAAACUCAGGUUUUAUGAACAUAGCUCAACAUCACAGCCACUGUUUUUUGCCAUUGUGAAAAUCCUGGUAGAUUUUAUGCCAUUUCUUUCAAACGUGCCAAUACUGUGACAAUAAUUCAUCCAUGAGAGUAUUUUGUGCUUUGAAUACUGUAUGAACAAUGUGGGCCUAAAUUGAUCAAGCCGCCUUAAACAGAUCUAAGAUUGCACAAAAGUUGUUAAAGAUACAGUUGGUUUGGCCAAGAUUGAAAUCUCCUUUGGCACUUGUUUUUGUACAAUAAUCGUGUGCUUUAACUACAAACUUGCUGCGGUUUGAUGGAAUUCAGCCCUGUGAUAGUACUCAAAAAUGUGUAAUCAUUCAGAAUGUAUGUCUUUAUUCAUAUUGUAUGUAUAUAAGUGCAAUAAUAUGCAUAAUGUGUUAAUGAAUACUGUAUAUUACCUUCGAGUCUUAAUUAUUAGCUGUCAGGAAAACAGACGGACACUUUCAACACAACCUGAGUGACCAGCAAUAUGCUUUGCUCAGCGUUUGAUUAUGGCAAGCUAAUAUUAUGCUAUUUACGUACUUGUUUCAACCUCAGUGGACAGUGACAAGACAGGACGUUGAAGAAUGUUUCGAUUUAUGAAUCGUGUGUUUUAUAAGUGCAAGGUUCACGUGAGAGCUUCACUGUCUGUAUGAAUUCAGAUCCAAAGCGAAUGCAUUGAAUACAAAGAAUGAGUCGGUUAAUCAAAUGGUUGUAACUAUAUGGUUUCAUGAGAGCUAAUGUUUAUACUUUAUUUUAAGUGGCAAAGACUGUAAGCAAUGUGUUGAUGUGGACAUUCUAUCGACAUAAUCACAGAAGAGCUCUUGAAAAGUUAUAUACUCAUAUCUUAUAUUUGCAUAGCAUGAGCAUUUCAGCAUUCUGCCUGUAAGUUAAAGGAAUAUUCCGGGUUCAAUACAAGUUAAGCUCAAUCGACAGCAUUUGUGACAUAAUGUUGAUUACCACAAAAAUGUAUUUAGACUCGUCCCUCCUUUUCUUAAAAAAAGCAAAAAUUGAGGUUACUGUGGAGCACUGCCAAUGGAAUGAAUGGGGGCCUAUUUUGGGGUGUUUUACAGGAGACCUAUUAUGCUCCUUUUUACAAGAUGUAAUAUAAGUCUCAGGUGUCCCCAGAAUGUUUCUGUGAAGUUUCAGCUCAAAAUACCCCACAGAUCAUUUAUUAUACCUUGUUGUAAAUGCCUCUUUUUGGGUGGAAUCAAAAACACUCAGGUUUUCGUGUGUGUCUCUUUAAAUGCAAAUGAGCUGCUGCUCCCCACCCCUUUUCCGGAUGAGGGCUGUGCUUACAGCUUGUGCUUCAGAUAUUACAGCAACAACAAUUCAGAACCUAUAUGACUGACAGCAUUCAGACAUAUAUGUAUGAAUAUAUAUAUAUGUAUAUCUGGUCUCUGUGAAUACAAUCAGAGACAAUGGUAACUUUAGCUGCAUUAGCUGUGGAAUCAGCUAUCAUGAAAGGCAAUUUGCAAACAUUCACAUAAUAUAAAGUGCGAUUCUUACAUCUUCAGGAUAUAAAGCUGGAACACGAACAGUUGUACUGAUCCAUGCUUGAGAAUCACAUUUUUGAUUCAGCUUUAUAUUGACACUCAUUCACAAAGCAGUCUGUUUUAAAAUUAUUUGCACAAACAUACACACAUUUUUGAAUGUUUUGGGGCCCAUUUCCUUCAAAAACAAAACUUGUUUACUGCGUCUUCAGUGGCUCUGAUGCAGGGAGUACAUGAAGACUCUCAUGUUCACUUUUAAAGCCAACAACAAAACACUUAUGAUGCUUACGAUGCUGAGACAUCAUUAUUCUCACUAUAUCUGCUCCAGCACGGAAAGAAAUGUCAGACUGUGUGUGGAUCACUCGGGGGUGCAUCUAUGAUAAUAGGGUGGAGUCCGUCACCAGUCGUGGGCGAGGCCUGCUCAAACGUGACGUCACUUUAGAGCAGAAACGAAAACCGUUCAUUUUGAGACACUGUUUUUGAUGAAUAGAAAUAUAAGAAAGAGGAGUGGGUGCACUUUUAACAUUGUAGGGUGGUUGUUUACACUCUUUUAUAUCAUCAAUUUUACAGUCGUUUUAGGAUUAAGUUGUAAAAUUUGGCUAUAACUUAACACAGAAAAGGCUAGUAAGUGAUUUUAUCACUGUAAAAUCAUGUUAACACACUUAUCGUUUAAGUCUUGUGGCUAUAUUUUUGAAACAGUGAGUAUUUUAACACAGAAAAAUUGGCCCCCAUUCACAUCCAUUGUGUUUUGCUUUUUUUUUUUGUGGUAAUCAACAUUAUGCCACAAAUGCUGUCGAUUGAGCUUAACUUGUAUUGAACCCGGAAUACACACACUCACAAACACAGACUCACAAACAAACACACACACACUCAUAAACACUCACAAACACAGACUCACACACACUCACAAACAAACACACUCACAAACACACACACACUCAUAAACACACACACUCACAAACACACACACACACUCAUAAACACUCACACACACACACACACACGCUCUCGCUCUCACUCUCACUCACACACACACACACACACACACACACACAGUAUAUAAAAUAUACAUGUGUAAACAUACAGUGGUCCCAAAGAGUAUUUGGACACUUAAGUCACGUUUAAAAAAUGAAUGAAUAACAAAAUAUCAAAGCAAGCUGCAUUUAUUUUAUAUAAAGACAUUAUAAGCGCACUUUUCAAAUGUUAUUGGAGCAUGUCUGUUGUUAAUCUGAUGAACUACACCUGUGGUUACUCUGCUGGGACACCUCAUAUAUUCACUAAAACCAUCUGAGCACCAGUUGGUUAAAAGUAACUGCAAAAGUUAUAUUUGUUUGCAGAUGCCACUUGGUUUGAUAUUUGAUAUAUCUGAUGCAGUGACAUUCAUCCAUUUUUAUGUGUUGCUGAAGUGUCCGAAUACAUUUUGUGGCCACUGUAGCUCUGCAUCACUUCGAUGCAUAAUUGCAUUAUAGGCUAGUAUCACAAAGAAUUCAUCCAUCUUCCAUCAGCUGUUUUAUCUGUUCUUGACUACACUGUAUUAUUGCAUUGAUUUAUAUCAACUACAAUAGGAUUUCUAGUACAGGUGUCACAAUUUUAAACUAUGUAAAUCAUCAGUAUAAUAAACAAUAUAUUUAAUCAUCUCUUUAC